AUGGAGCCCAUCACGCUGGUGCUGACUGGUUUCAUUUUCGUCGUGUCGGUCGUGUAUCUGUUCGUGCGCAGCAAGCACAACUUUUGGAAGGACCAGGGUGUACCGUACGCACCGAAUCCGCACUUCUUCUUCGGGCAUGUGAAGGGACAGUCCCGUACACGGCAUGGGGCCGAUAUCAACCAGGAGCUGUACCGGCAGUUCAAACGGCGCGGCGUACCAUACGGCGGAAUAAGCCUCUUCGUAAUGCCUUCGCUGAUCGUGGUCGACCCGGAGCUGGUGAAAACGAUCCUGGUGAAGGACUUUAACGUGUUUCACGAUCGCGGUGUGUUUUCCAACCCAAAGGACGACCCACUGACCGGGAAUUUGUUCGGCCUGGAAGGGAAUCCGUGGCGUUUGCUGCGCCAGAAGCUUACGCCCACGUUCACCUCCGGUCGGAUGAAGCAAAUGUUCGGCACGAUAUGGGAGGUAGCGCUCGAGCUGGAAAAGUACAUGGAAGAAAACUACCGUCAGCCGGAGAUCGAGAUGAAGGAUGUGUUGGGCCGUUUUACGACGGAUGUGAUCGGGACGUGUGCGUUCGGGAUCGAGUGCAAUACGCUCAAGACACCGGACUCGGAGUUCCGCAAAUACGGCAACAAGGCGUUCGAGUUGGAUCCCGUGACGUUGACGAAGUUUUUCUUCGCCUCCUCCUACCCACAGCUGGCGAGGAAGCUCCACGUUCGUACUACGCAGCAGGAUGUGGAAGACUUUUUCAUGAAAAUCGUGCGCGAAACGGUCGACUAUCGCGAAAUGAACAAUGUGCAGCGUAGUGAUUUCAUGAACCUGCUGCUGCAGAUCAAGAACAAGGGCAAGCUGGAUGAUCAUGGUACGGUCGUGGGUAAAGGUGAGGUUGGGCUAACGCACAACGAGCUGGCCGCACAGGUGCUUAUCUUCUUCCUGGCCGGCUUUGAAACUUCCUCCACAACGUUGAGCUUCUGCCUGUACGAGCUGGCAAAGAAUCAGGGAAUACAGGACCGGCUCCGUGACGAGAUCACCCGCGCAAUCGAUGAUAACGGCGGUGAGGUGACGUACGAUGUCGCCAUGAACAUACAAUAUUUGGAUAACGUAAUCAACGAAACCCUCCGGAAGUAUCCGCCGGUUGAAACGCUCACACGCAAACCGGCACAUGAUUAUGUCAUUCCCGGCACCAAGCACGUCAUACCGGAAGGAACCAUCGUGCAGAUACCGAUCUAUGCGAUCCAGCGUGAUCCAGAACACUUCCCCGAUCCGGAACGGUUCGAUCCGGAUCGGUUCGCACCGGAGGAGGUGAAGAAGCGGCAUCCCUACGUGUUUCUGCCGUUUGGCGAAGGGCCUCGCAUUUGCAUUGGGUUGCGGUUUGGCGUGAUGCAGACCAAGGUGGGUUUGAUAAAUCUGCUGCGCAAAUUCCGUUUCUCCCCAUCUGCUCGGACGCCCGAGCGAGUGGUGUUCGAUCCGAAGAUGUUCACACUGUCCCCCACGGGUGGUAACUAUCUGAAGGUGGAAAAAGUUGCGUAG